GCCAAAACAGGUCUUAGUGAGGUAGAGCUGGAGGAUAUUUUAGCUCUUGAUAACAGUGUGAUGAAUGAGUUAUUAGCCAAUGGGAAACCAUUGAACCCAUUAAGGGUACCUUAUAGAAUUAUUGCACAAAUUAGAGAGGAUCUUACUGGAUAUUUAGUAGAGAGACACGUAAGGAAUGUUACACUUUUGGUUUGGUCAAACAGACACCUUCAUCUUAUUGCCCAGAAAUUGUAUCUUAGUAAUGAUGAUGAUUUGCAAGAGAUGCAUGCCAAUGUAGCAGAGUACUUCUUAGGUGUAUGGUCAGGAGGAAGGAAAAAAGCCUUUUACAAUGAGCAUCAAUAUUUUGAAAAUUGCAUUCAAAAUGAACAUAGUGGCAUACAUAAUGACGGAAAACAUUUUCCUGAUGAAAAUGAAUUUGACAGGCAGGCUCCAGAACAGCCCUGGGCAUUCAGUGCAAUCCUUUACAGCCUGAUAUAUUUUUUGUGAAUCACAGAAAAAUGACAGAACUUUUGCAUCAUUUGACAAGAUGUGGUAUGACAGAUGAAAUGAUGUCUGGGAUUACAAUGAACUUUAGUUGGCUGUACACAAUGAUCAAAAUUGGCCAGUUUGAACAGGCACUAGGUGAUAUCGAAAUAGCAUACAAUUACUCACAAGAAAAAGAGUUGAAGUUUCUUGCAAGUACCCUUCAAAGCAUUAAAAAUAAAGUUCUUAAAAAUCCAGGGUCCCUUUCGGCUGAGUUACAGCAAAUACUUCUUCCAGUUGUGAGUUCUUUGCCUAAAUUCCGGAACCUUCUUUUAGAAUGUGACAAGGAUGGACCAAAAUACUGUUCAAUUGUCCCACUCCAUUCUUCCAUGGAUGUUACCUACACCCCUGAAAGAAUUUCACUAUCAUCUAGCUCACUGCACAUCACUGAGGUCCUCCCAACAUACAGUCCAAAUAUUAUAAUCUCUUGCACUUGAGAAUGGCACUAUAAGUACCUGGGAUGUUGAAUCAAGGCAACUUUUAAGGCAAAUUACCACUACCCAGUUUGUAAUAAUGGGGAUGAAGCUUACAGCAGAUGAAAAAUAUCUUGUUGUGUCCACAGCAAAGAACACCCUACUAGUUUAUGAUAACCUUAACUCUUGCCUUUUAUCUGAAGUUGAAAUUAAAGGUUCCAAAGGGGUUGGAGGGGGCCCAAACCUUAUAAAUGGGUUUACACUUUCACAUACACAUGCACUGGCCUGGUUGGAAGCAAGCAAAGAUGUUAAUGUUAUAGAUUUACUUUACGGCUGGCCACUUUACAAUUUCCAUUGCUGGUAUGAGGUAACCUGCAUUCAGUGUUCUUCAGAUGGACUGUAUGCAUUUUGUGGGCAAUACCUUAAUACUACCACAAUAUUUCAUUUGGGUACUGGUGAGAAACUGUCAACUGUUACAUCUGAAUUUUCUGGAGGGUUUUUGAAAUACAUUCUCGUUCUUGAUAGUCAAGAAGCAGUCAUGAUUGACAAUGAAGGGAGCCUCUCUGUGUGGAAUACAGAGGAAAUUACCAAUCCUCAAGUAACUGAAGAAUUUGAUUGUACCAAGGGAGACAGUGAAGUCAUCAGCACUGAGCUAUCUGAAGACCAAAGUGCAAUUCUUAUCUGUAAAGCAUUAAGUAUCGAACUUUUGGAUACACGUAUGUGGAAAAUUUCUGAAAAGUUUCGGGCAAAACGCAAUGAGAAAUUUAUUUCAGCUGCCCUUUCCAGAAAUUCUGACUGUAUAAUUGCUUCCAUGGAAAAUACCUCAUCUAUAUUUGUAUGGAGAAGAGACACUGGACAAUGCAUGGCAAGUUUACAAGAAAUCUCAGGGAACAUUGUCAAAUUAGUGAAAUCAAGCCAUCACAAUUUACUCCUGUCCUUGUCUGUUAGUGGUGUGCUUUCCAUUUGGGACAUUGACAUCUUAACGGCAAUGUCCAAUAUUGACAAAACAGGUAGAGCUGUCCAAUCGGUUUUGUUGUCUGGCAGAGGAGAUUACAUUUACUCACUUGAUGGAUCUGAUUAUGUCCAAAAAUGGAAUUUUAACACUGGUUUUAUUGAAUCUGCUUUUAAGCAUGAGGGAAAUGUGGAAAAUGGUGUGCUUACAGCCACUGGUGAAUUGCUUGUCACCUCAGAUGACAAAUGUAACCAAUAUGUUUGGCAUUCUGGUACUGGUGAAAAUCUUUUCAGAAUUAGUGGUCAAAGAAUAUCACAGCUGUUAAUAACACAUAAUGAUCAAUUUAUAGUGUCUCUUUGUGAGCAAAAUGCAUCUAGAGUAUGGAGGCUUGCAACGGGCCAUAAAGUCUGUAAUAUCUUAGCUGCCUUAAAGAAUGCACUUAUAACUACUGCAAACACGUUUGUGAUUGGCAUGACCAAGAACAAGCUUCUGGCUGUAAGUUUAUGGACAGGAAGCAUAACAAAAAAGUACUGUUGUGAUGAUGGGUCAACAAUUGUAAACUUCAGACUGAAUCCAGACUGUCCAGAUUUUGUUGUGUUUAUGACAUCAACUGAAGCUGUGAACAUCUGGAGCCUAGCUGAGGAGGCAAUCUGUAGAAGGGUGCAGCUUCCAUGCAACUUUUUGAAAAAUCUCAAUGAUUUUGAAAUCUCUCCAAAUGGGAAGCUUGGAAUUAUCACUCAUGGUGAUGAAAAGUUCAAUGUUCUUGAUUUGCAUAGUGGGAAGCUUAGAGUGGUGCAUGCAUCAGGCGUUAUAUGGAAGCAGAGCUUGUCUUGCGAUGGGCGUUACCUUGUCUACAUUUGCUUCCGAAAUGGGGACGAUGAUGAGGACAAUUCAGUUUCAAGUUUAAUUGUGAUGAGACUUGCAGAUGGAAAGAGCAUUGGUGCUUGUUCCUUAUAUAAAACUCCAACUUUCCUUGCACUUUCACAGCGACAUCUCAAUAUCGUUGUAGGAUUUGAUGACGGGAGUAUUGGCACUUACACAGUAGUGGACCGAGUCGAUGCCACAUUGAAAAUAAAAAUAGCAACUUCGAACAGUCGUCAGAUUUUCAAUAACAAAUCACAUAUUUUCAGGCCCAAGUGCAAUAAUUACAUAUACAAAAUGGCACCUGACUGCUUAUGGAGAGAAUCCACUGAAGUAUUUGCUAGAGACAGCCCCAUCACGGUGUCAGAUUCUGGCGAAGGAACAGAGACAACUCCAACCAAAAAACAUAAUUUUUGUUAUGAGAAAAUGUGCUCUGCCAUUGACUGUAGAGGGCAGAGCUUUGCAGCAAAGAACUGA